CCGCUUCGCUGGCGGAGCGGGGCAGCAGCAGGCUGUGGCCAGCGAGGCGAAGGGGCCACCGGCUCUCGCCGUGCUCCCUCUCUGUUCUCCCUACCCUAUUCCCGCGAGCCGCUCCCCGCCCGGGUCCCGCGGGUGCAGCAUGAAGUGCAGCGAUGGCCCGCAGAGGUAAGACGGCGGUGAGGACGCUGGAAGACCUGACGCUGGACUCCGGGUAUGGUGGCGCGGCGGACUCGGUGCGCUCCUCCAACUUGUCGCUGUGCUGCUCGGAUUCGCACCCCGCGUACCCCUAUGGAGGAAGCUGCUGGCCGCACCUAACUGACUCCAUGCACAGUCGGCACAACAGCUUCGACACCGUCAACACCGUCCUAGCGGAAGACUCCGAGGUGCUGGACUGCGCGGGGCAGCAGUGCUCCCGGCUCCUGCCCGACCUUGAGGAGGUCCCCUGGAGCCUGGAGGAGGUGGAGGCGCUGCUGCUGCCGCCGCCGCUGCCGCCGCGCCGGGAGCCGCGGGCGCCGGGCUCCGCCAGCCCCGGGAACCGGGAUGCGGCGGCGCGGCUCUCGACGCUGGUGAGCCGGGCGCUGGUGCGCAUCGCCCGAGAAGCCCAGCGGCUCAGCCUCCGCUUCGCCAAGUGCACCAAACACGAGGUGCGGAGCGCCAUGGAGAUCGUCCUGGGCUGGACGCUGGCGGCCCGCUGCACGGCUGCUGCCCUGGGCGCCCUCUCCCUCUACAACAUGAGCAGCAGCGGCGGCGACCGCUUCAGCCGCGGCAAGUCGGCGCGGUGCGGGCUGGCCUUCUCCGUGGGCAAGUUCUACCGCUGGAUGGUGGACAGCCGCGUGGCCCUGCGCAUCCACGAGCACGCCGCCAUCUACCUCACGGCCGGCACCGAGUGCCUCUUCCGCGACAUCCACGCCCGGGUACUGGCCGGCCCCGCCGCCCCGCUCCCACCGCCCGGCCGACCCCCAGCAGCCGCCGGUGCCGCCGGCGCCACCUCCGCCCCGGCCGAGAAAGAGAAGGAGGGCAACGAGGCGCCCCGCUUCACCCUGGAAGCGCUGGAACAGACGGUCAACAACGACCCCGAGCUCUGGGGUUUGCUGCAGCCCUACCAGCACCUCAUCUGCGGCAAGAACGCCAGCGGUGUUCUCUGCCUGCCAGACAGCUUGAACCUUCACAAAGAUCAGCAAAGGUCCAACAAGCCCGGGGAAGUGCAGAUGUUCAGCCAGUCAGAGCUAAGGACCAUUGAGCAGUCUUUACUUGCUACACGUGUGGGGAGCAUUGCUGAACUCAGUGACCUGGUGUCUCGAGCCAUGCAUCACCUCCAGCCCCUCAACGCCAAGCAGCAUGGGAAUGGGACACCAAUGCACCAGAAGCAGGGAUCCUUCUACUGGGAGCCAGAGGCUCUGUACACCCUCUGCUACUUCAUGCACUGUCCACAGAUGGAGUGGGAAAACCCCAACGUGGAGCCAUCAAAAGUCACACUGCAGACAGAGAGGCCGUUCAUUGUGCUGCCUCCCCUGAUGGAGUGGAUACGGGUUGCCGUGGCUCACGCAGGGCACCGACGCAGCUUCUCGGUGGACAGCGAUGACGUACGGCAGGCAGCCAGGCUCCUGCUGCCGGGAGUUGACUGCGAGCCUCGACAGUUAAAAAUCGACGACUGCUUUUGUGCAUCUCGGAAACUGGAUGCAGUUGCCACUGAAGCAAAGUUCAAGCAGGAUCUGGGUUUCCGGAUGCUCAACUGUGGCCGAACGGAUCUGGUUAAACAAGCUAUAUCCUUGCUGGGGCCGGAUGGGAUCAACAGCAUGAGUGAACAGGGCAUGACUCCACUGAUGUAUGCUUGUGUCAGGGGUGAUGAGGCUAUGGUGCAGAUGCUACUAGAUGCUGGAGCAGAUCUGAAUGCUGAGGUUGUCAGUACUGCUCAUAAAUACCCAUCCGUCCACCCUGAGACCCGCCAUUGGACAGCUCUGACAUUUGCUGUGUUGCAUGGACAUAUUCCUGUAGUUCAGCUGUUGCUGGAUGCUGGAGCAAAGGUAGAAGGUUCCUUGGAGCAUGGAGAGGAAAAUUACUCUGAAACUCCUUUACAGUUAGCAGCAGCUGCUGGAAAUUUUGAACUGGUCAGUUUGCUGUUGGAGCGCGGAGCUGAUCCCAUGAUAGGAACAAUGUACAGGAAUGGCAUUUCCAUGACUCCACAAGGUGACAUGAACUCUUUCAGUCAGGCUGCUGCACAUGGACACAGGAACGUCUUCCGUAAGCUGCUCGCUCAGCCGGAGAAGGAGAAGAGCGAUAUUCUGUCCCUGGAGGAGAUCCUGGCGGAGGGGACGGACUUGCCAGACUCGGCGGCAGCCCCGCUCUGCGCCAGCCGCAACAGCAAGGCCAAACUGAAAGCCCUGAAGGAGGCCAUGUACCACAGCGCUGAGCACGGCUACGUGGAUGUCACCAUUGACAUACGGAGCAUAGGUGUUCCCUGGACGCUGCACACGUGGUUGGAGUCCUUGCGUACAUCCUUCCAGCAGCACCGACGACCCCUGAUCCAGUGCUUGCUGAAGGAAUUCAAAUCCAUUCAGGAAGAAGAGUACACAGAGGAACUCAUCACACAAGGGUUGCCUCUGAUGUUUGAGAUACUGAAAGCCAGCAAGAACGAAGUCAUCAGCCAGCAGCUCUCUGUCAUUUUCACUCAUUGCUAUGGACCCUACCCUAUUCCUAAACUCGUUGAAAUUAAGCGCAAGCAGACCUCUCGCCUAGAUCCUCAUUUUCUUAACAACAAAGAGAUGUCAGAUGUUACAUUUCUGGUGGAAGGGAGACCCUUUUACGCUCAUAGAGUGUUGCUGUUUACUGCAUCACCAAGGUUUAAAGCAUUGCUGUCUAGCAAGCCCUCAUCUGAUAGUACUUGUAUUGAGAUCAACUAUGUGAAGUACCCCAUCUUUCAGCUGGUUAUGCAGUAUCUUUAUUAUGGAGGUGCAGAGUCACUCCUGAUUAAAAAUAAUGAAAUUAUGGAGCUUCUCUCUGCUGCUAAAUUUUUCCAGCUUGAAGCUUUACAACGACAUUGUGAGAUCAUUUGUGCAAAAAGCAUUAAUACAGAAAACUGCGUGGAUAUUUAUAAUCAUGCCAAGUUUCUCGGAGUCACAGAAGUAUCUUCCUAUUGCGAAGGCUACUUCCUAAAAAAUAUGAUGGUCCUCAUUGAAAACGAAGCUUUCAAGCAGCUGUUGUACGACAAGAACGGAGAAACCUCUGGUCAAAAUGUACUCCAGGACUUACAGAGGACGUUGGCCACAAAUCAGUCAAUUCACUUGUCUUCUUCAAAGGCUCCAUUGUCGUAAACCUGAGGAAGAUUGGUUACCCUCUAAUAAAGACCCUGCAAGCUAAGUCUGCUGUUGCAGUUGCUGAAACCUGUUGCCAGUUUGCCUUA